AUGGAUUUGGAAACGAUUGCAACUCCCGAGAGAUCGGCACGAGGACCCCCGAGAGACAUCUCUCCCUCAUCGUCUCCCUCAUCCUGCCGUGCCCUCUCACUCGACUCCCGCUCAUCUGUAUCAACAAAGCCGUCUUCAAGAGGGACAUCUCCUGCUGCUGAAAAGGAAAAAAGCAACGGUACUCGGUGCAGAAGCAGACGCAACCCUUCGCAGUUCACACCACCCUGGGAUCUCAUGUUCCAACCACGAUCCUAUGAAGAGAUAUAUGCCGAAGGAGAAUAUCUCACAGCAUCUCUCCAUGCGUAUUCAGUCAAAGUGAUGAAUCUAAUCCAUCAGUAUGCCUUGAUAGAAGAUGUUCUCCAGGCCAAGGACCACAUUGGAAAGGAGAGACGAAAGCUUCGAAAACAAAUGAGUUUCAUCAAAGUAAAGCUGGCUGAGGCAUCUCGCCAAGAAAAGGCCAUUGUUAUGAGGCUGAACGAACUGUACAUGGAGCAACUGGGAAGAGAUGCUUGGGACCAAAUACAGCAACGCAGAACGGUUUACCCGACUUUUCCGUCCGAUGCGGCCAUGCCAUCAGCCUUCCCAGAGACGUCGCUCAGCGCAACAUCAAAGGAAUUUGUCCCAUCUGCCGGCCCACCGGUCCGUGCUCAAUUUUCUGCAUCAGAAGUGGAGAAGCCUCGGACCCUGGACACCGUGGUUGAGGCUAAAGAAGGUGAAGAGGAUGAUGACGAGAGCAUCAAGCUAGAUGAUGGCCCUAACGAUAAUGAAGAAGACGCCGCAAUGGAGACAAGGAGCCUCGCCGAGAGUGAAGAUUUGUGUAACCAUGGGUUGGAGUACACGUACCAAGGCCGCGCAGAUACACAGAAUUCUCAACUGCGCCCGUCCUAUCUCAGAGAGAGGCUGUCUGCAUAUCCGGAAGAGAAUCGAAAGAGCCUUCCAAACCUUUGCUCGCUAUGGCCUGGCAUCCAAGCCAUUGAGUGA